AUGGAAAAACUGUACAGAAGUUCAGGAUUGACUCAAAAUGUCGUGACCACCAUAACGGACCAAUUCCCCUCGUUGAGGAAACGGUAUGAACUUGUGGUCAUUGGAUUUUGUUCGCUAUCUCUGCUUGCUGGAUUGACAAUGUGCCAGAAGAACGGUUAUCACUGGUUCAACUUAUUUUUCGGGUCGGUCGCUGGAACUGCAGUACUGAUCCUCUGCCUAAUCGAAAUCAUCAUCUGCGUCUUCGCCUACGGUGAGACCAAAACUGUGAUGGGCAUAGUCUUCGUUGACUGUAUGGGAGAUCAAACCUCAGCAGAGACAUUAGAGAGGACCUACAAAUUUCAUUGA